GAGAGAAGGGGGGGAGGGCUGGCCCAAAGCUGCAGAGAGGAGACACAACUCUGGCGACACCUGCAAACAAACUCCUAACCAGCCAGCCGACUGUCACCCGGAGCGGAGAUCCACAUGAAGCCGAGACGAACAUCAAUGCGGAAUAAGGGCGUGAAGAGUGUUUUAACGCUGAGAAGCAAGCAACUUCACUGAAAUAUAACAACGAGUCGUGCGAAUUGAGUUUACGGCAGACAGAACCGAGGGCUGAGAGAGAAAGAGAGAGAGAGGGAGAGAGAGGGAGGGAGAGAGACAACAACAGGCAUCUGGUGAAUGGAGAGAAAAUGGAGGUGGACAGAAGAGAGGUGCCUCUAUAUGGACAGGUGCAGGCAAAUGUGAGGUUACAAGCCAACGCUCCUGAAGAUGCAGAGUUUUAUGUAGUUUUACAAGGCUCCAGCCUUACACAUGUGACUGCAGCAAAAAGAGGAGAUGAUGGGCUGACCCUUAGCUUCACAGUUCCCGGCCAUUCCAUUGUGGAAGUUGUCUCUGUCACAUCCUACUUUUACGCAGAGGACCAAGUCAAGCCAUGCGAGGGCGAAGCAUCUCUUAAAUACCUCAGAGACGUUGCCCAGGAGGCAGCAGAAUACCUGAGUGCAAACAGGGACCAGCUUGGCCCCGAGAGCUACCUAGAAGUCCUGGAGAGGUUUUCCGCGUUGGUGCAGGAAGCUGAUGAGGAGCGCUUCGCUGCAGGCCUGGAUUGCAAUGAGGAGGAUGUGCAGCUCAGACAAAGUUCAGGUGAUGAAGCUGGUCUCAGGCAGCUGGACGAGAAGAUCACACAGGCUAUGGCCAACAUGGAUUACCCUCAGCAGUGGAAAAACACCGUCAGUCAGCCGAGAGAAGCUGCUGAGCUUCAGCCCAAAGAAACCCUCCUUCACCUUGCAGUGCGUUUGGGUUUGGUUCGUCUCUCCCGUUUCUUAAUCCACCAACCAAGAGGUCAAAGGGCAUUGACCUUACCCAAUCAGGAGGGAGACGCGCCUCUCCAGCUGGCUCAGAAGGACGGACAGCAUGCCAUGUUCAGAGUGCUGACAGCUCCUCCAGGUCCUGUAGACGGCCCUGUUCCAGGUGUGUGGUGUGUGUGGUCCGACAGCUCCUGCAUGCUGAGGUUUUGUCCCGGGACGGACUCCCUGAGCUUGACUGUGCGACAGACACCUGGCAGCCGCCCUCAGGACGGCGUCUUGAUCCUCCGAGACAGACGGGGAGACCACAACAUCCUCAAACUGAUCAAUGUGCUCAAAGCUGAUGGUGAGGCAGACAAGAGAGGCAAAGAGGAAUUCCUUCCUAGUGAUGGAGGAAUAAGCACGGAGCUCCGAGUGGAAGAGCCCGCCCUGGUGGACAAUGUUUUUGAACAACAACUUGUUCUUUCUUUGGAUGAUGACGAUGAAGAAGAGUACCCAUCCUCUUUAUCCGUGAAUGGGCAUCCCAUGCCGUCCAGUGGAGUCCAGAGUCAGUCGACGCAGCGUGCUACAAGCCCUCUGCUCUCCAUGAUCAACAGCAGCGAUCAGACCUUCACACUUCAAACACAGGAAGAAGAUGACAACAUCAAGUACAGCAUCAGUGAAGUGACCAGGGACAGCACAGGGACAGACAGCGGGUUAUGGGACACGGUGGAUUCAGAUGAUCUCCUGCUGCUAGCCACUGACACUCCUCCUCCCUAUUCAGACGAGUUCUACACUGCCUCUCUACCCUGCUCUCCCCCCCUCUCACCCGCUGGCCAGGCACUCUCCAGGCUGAGCCGCACCGCCUCCUCUGAGCCGACAGAUCCGAGAGAAAGUCCGCCGAUGGACACCUGCGACCUCAGUCUGGUGGCUCUGGAAGUGGACAGUGAAGAGGACAGCCCUGAGCCAAAGUCUCCGCUUUCCCCGCUCUCGUCAGAUGUUGAGAGGAGUGAAGACAAAAGGGAAAUCCUUCGUCCCUCCCCUGACCUCACGUGCACUCGCAGCCAAUCGGCCUCAGCAUGUGAACCCACCACAAAAGAAUCGGGUGACCAGGGGAUUCGGCUGCGUUCGUAUUCCUACUCUUCCCCCAAAAUCAGCUUCCGUCCUGCUCGUUUUGCCCGGGACAACAACACUUCCGAUAUCAGCCCUGAUGCCGUACUCCACAGUGUCAGCCACAGCCGAUCUCUCCUUCAGGCCCUCUCUCUGUCUAAAUCUCUGUCUCUUCUCCACCCUGGUAAGCAAAGAGCAUCCAGUAUAUCCGAGCAGUUACAUGAAAACAGGGAGAUUAGGUUCCGUAAGCGAGCCCAGUCUGCUGAUGAUGAGGACAGCAUGGAGCUGGCGGAGUCCCUCCAACAUCUCACACUGUCUGAGUUCCUCAAAGAAAUUGAAGAGGAGGAGUUGGACAAAUACAACAUCCCAGCAAAGGUGGAAUCGGAGAAGUACAAAGUCAUUCGCACCUUCAGUUUCCUCAAGAACAGGAUGUCCAGUACGCGCAACAAGACGAAGGCAAAGGGGAAGGACAGAGAGGCCAAGGAUGGGCAGCUGAAUGGACAUCGGUUCAACACCGGGUCCUGUUUGGGCCCCACCGUGUGCGUGGUGUGUGAGAAACCCGCAUCUGGAAAAGACCUGCUGCAUUGCUCCAGUUGCACUACUAUUGUCCAUAAGGGCUGUAAGGAAUCUGUCCCCCCAUGUUUGAAGAAACUUCAGGAUAAGUAUGCCGUUACCACGGUGAAAAACAGGACAGCAUCCCUCCCACAGAAUUUCACAGUGAGAGACAGUCCUCCUCAGUGUGUUGUCCCCAUCUCUACCUCUCUACCUGUCAUGAAAGACACGGCGACCCACCUAUGCCUACUCUCUGGAUCUUUCCCAAACAGUGACAGUCACUUCAGUGAGAGUUCACUGAAAGAGUCUGAUGUCGGGAAGGUGACUAGCCGAUCAGAGGAGCUCCUGCCGACUCCAUUCUCCUCAACUUCCACUGACUCAUCCUUCGGAGAAGACUGCGUGGACGCGUGCAUCCACAGUGACAUCUCGGCCGAUGCUGUGGAUUACGAGGCUGAGUCGUGGAGUCUUACUGUGGAGCACAAGUUCUGCAAGAAGCAGGACAAACGAGCUGUCAAGAGGCAGGAUGUUAUCUAUGAGCUGAUGCAGACCGAGCUUCACCACCUACAGACGCUACACAUCAUGGCCGAGGUUUUCCGGCGAGGCAUGAGGGAGGAAGUGCAGCUAGAUCCAGAAGCGGUGGAGCGGGUCUUCCCCUGUCUGGACCAGCUGCUCCUCUUCCACCACGCCUUCUUUGCCGCCAUGAAAGAGCGGCGACACAGCUCCGCCCAGCCCCAGGGACACAGCAACUACCUCAUCCAGCGAAUAGGGGACGUCUUGCUCCAAGAGUUUUCAGAUGAGAAUAGCGAGAAAAUUAAGCAGGUGUAUGGAGAGUUCUGCAGUCGCCACAACGAAGCGGUCAGCUUUUUCAAAGAGCUCCAGCAGCAUAACAAGAGAUUUCAGAACUUUAUUAAGCAACAAGGUAAUAAUUCUUUGGUGAGACGGAGGGAGAUCCCAGAGUGCAUUUUGCUGGUAACCCAAAGGAUUACAAAGUAUCCAGUGCUCUUGGAGAGGAUCCUAAAAUAUACUCAAGAGGAAACAGAGGAGCAUGCAGACCUUUCAAAAGCACUGGUUCAGAUUCGAGAGGUGAUAGCAGCCGUGGAUCUCAGCGUCAGCGAAUACGAGCGGCGGCAGAGGUUACAGGAAGUGUGGAACCGCAUGGAGAACCGCAGCGCAGCCAAGCUGAAGAACGGCCAUACGUUCCGCAAGCAGGACAUGAUGGGGCCGGGACAAACGCUCAAACACCAGGGCCUGCUUCUGUGGAAGACUGCCACCGGUCGACUCAAAGAUGUCUUGGCCCUCCUUCUCACAGAUGCACUCAUCUUCCUGCAAGAAAAAGACCAGAAGUUUACGUUUGCCACAGUGGAUCAGAAGCCUCCAGUCAUCGCACUGCAGAAGUUAAUAGUGCGAGAAGUAGCAAACGAAGAGAGGGGGAUGUUUUUGAUCAGCGCAUCAGCCGCCGGGCCCGAAAUGUACGAGGUCCACACAUCAUCCAAAGAGGAACGAAACACCUGGAUGAGGCUCAUUAGAGAAGCUGUAGAGAGCUGUCCGGAGGAAGAAGAAGAAUACACAAGUGAAUCUGAAGAGGAGAAGCGAGCUGCCGAGGCCCGUAUUCAGAAGAUCAAUAAGUUACAAGAGAAUCUGCUGAGCCAAGACCAGCGGAUCUGCUCCAGCCUGGAGGAGAAGCUGCAGGUCUACGCAGAGCUCGCUGCUCUGAGUGGGAGGAUGGACAGCUCGCUGGUCCCACCGCGCCUGCUCGUCCAGCCGCACCCCGAGGAGCUGCCCCAGGCCACCGUGUUGCUGGCUGCGGCUCUGCAAGAGGCCAAGAACCUGAAAGCGACGCUGUCAUCCAAGGCCUGUUUUCCAUCGAGCCCCAGCCCGGACUCGGACACCGACUCUGUGUUUCCUGUCAGCCCUGCUGCGCUUGUAGAGCCCCCCUCAGACUGGCUCUCAGAGGCCCUUGAGCUUCAGUCCCCACCUCUCUUGCAAAAAACAAACACGAAUGACAUCGACUUCAAGGUUGCUCAAAGUGUCCAAAGUCUGACCCAGUUACUCUACAGUCUGCAGGCCACAGUGACUAUCCAGGACAGCUGCUAUGAGGUCCAGAGGCUCCUUCUCCAAGAGACUGGGCGUCCUUCCCCUCGCGGCCAGCGGCUGCACCUUCCGAGUAUCCGGUGCAACACCCUACAAGAACAGGAGAAGCAGCGUAACCUGGAGAAGCGGAAGGAGGAGGUGGCGGCGGCUCAGCGGCUCCAGAACCGACUGCGCCAAGAGAAGGAGCGCUGGGAAAGGGAGUGCCAGGCUAGGGAGAGCCAGCAGGGGGAGCAGGAGAGCAGGCUGGAGGAGAGGGAAAGGCAGUGCCUCCUGGAGACGGAGAGGCUGAGGCGCGAGAGGGACGAGUUGGAUGAGCAGCUGGAGGAGUACCAGCAGAGCCUGGAGCGGCUCAGGGAGGGCCAGAGAAACGUGGAGAGGGAACGCGAGCGUCUGGAGAACCAGCAAAAGCUGCUCCAGACCUGGAAUCACAGCCGGCAGAGGAGUCUGCCCACUGUGAUUCCUCCCAUGGUCAUCCCUCUAGAUGGGCAGCAGGACUCGACACCAAGUCAGUCCAGCGUCCACGCCGGUAACGGCUCUGUGUUUGUGAAUGAGGCAGCUUUCGCCGGCACCAGCGUCAACAAUCGCCACGUCAACCACAAAAGAAAUGACCCCAACGCGCACAAUUGUCUCAACACCCUGCUGGCAAGAUCCAACAGCAGACAUGCCUCCAUUGCUAAGGCUCCCCACAGUCAACACUCGGACUCCCAGGGAUGGAUGAUGGGGACGGGAUACCUGUGCAGCCCUGCAGGGAGGCUGGGGCUGCAGCAAACAGCCAGUGAUCUUGACAGUCACAGCUACAUUGGCGAGACCUGGUCAUCAACAGCAAGUGGAGUUAACCCAUAUCCGGUGCUCCCACAUCCCUGUGACCCUCAGCUGGACCUCAGUGCACUGGUUUCCUUGGAGACUGACAGCGGAGGGGAGGAGGGCAGUGAGGAAACCAUUGUGUACCUCUGAAUGUUGAGACAUUUCAGACUCUAAACAGCCAACCCAGCACUUGAAAAAAAGACAUUCAUGAAGCAUCAGAAUUGGAUCCAGGGUUUGCUUCAAAAAGCAUUUCUCUCUUUAACAGUCUUUUGUUAUGUUUUUCUUUUAUAUAUUUGAAAGCUCUUUUGUGGUCUUUUUGUAAUUGUAAAUUUACUGGAACUACGGAGAGACACAGAGAUAAAGAAGGUUGUUUCAGACUCAAUCUCACGUGUCAUGCACCUUAGCUUGAGGCACCACUAGGUGUACUCUUUAGUGUGUGUGUGUGUGUGUGUGUGUGUGCGCGCGCUCCUGGUCUUCAUUGACUGGGUCCCUGCAGCUACUCCUACUUCUCUUUUUCCGUCUCUGCUUCUUACUGACCCUCCCUUGCUGCCUUUCUCAGGUUACUCAUAUCUUGUGCCUGAAUGCCAUAUAUGUUAAAUUUACCACAAAAGAGAAGAAAAAGCGUAUACCCAGUAGAAGCUGGCUGUUUCCCUCUAGCGGGUGAUUGUCUUGCCAUGGAGCAAACUGCCCCUCUUUCAUUUAUAAGACAGGCUCUGUUUAUGUACAUAACCCGAAGCACAGAGUUGAAACAUGAGGUGUGACAGCAUCAGUCAUGCUUUUUUUAGACCACUGUCUAUAGCCAUCAUUAAUUUCUUUUUAUCUAUAGCGUGUUUUUCUUGUUAAGAAAAGUAAGCAUAGAUGUGGUUUGAAGAGAGAUGUUGCAUCUGUGUUGAUACAUCAGUUUUAUCAGUGUGUAGACAUUCAUCCGCAAAAGCCGGAGUUAACACAACUCUUCCUGUAAAAAGUGAAAGGAGUCUUCACACAUUUCUGACUACAUUUUUUUUUCUUUCAGUGUGAUUUUUUUUGUUGUUGUUGCCACAAGCAGCAUAGCUCUAGAAAAUGUAAUGCUGGUCAGUCGGUUUACUACUUUGGUUCAUUGCCAUAACAUUUUGCAUUCACGGUCCCCGGAGGAUACAUCCUAAUGAUUUUAGUGAUCCCAAUAACUUUGGUGAUCCCUAAACUUUUCAUAUAGCACCAUCUUCAAGUCAAACCUUUAAUUAAUCUAAUACUUUGGUUCGUGGCCAAAUAAACACUAAUAACAGUCCCAUCAGACUCAACUGUACUUUGUGCUUAAUGCUAAUCAGCAAAUGUUACCAUGCUAACAGUCUAAAAGUAAGAUGGUGACCACGGUAAAUAUUAUAAAUGCAAAAAAUCAUGUUAGCAUUGACAUUGCGUGCACGUUAGUUAUUAGCGUUCAACCCAAAGCACCACUGUGCCUUACCACAGCCUCACAGAGCUGCAAGCAUGACUGUAGACCCCCAAUCUAUUGUUGUUGUUGUUGUUGUUGUUGUUUUUCUGUCAUUACUUUACAAAACUACCAUCUUUGCUUUAUACAAGCUGCAACGGGUGGAAAAUGUCCUGAAAUUCUUUGCAAGCAUCAAGAACAAUUGGGAAGUUGCCUUAUUGAUAUUGUCAUGCUUAAUGCUAAACUAUUACACUUGAAUAUAUUUACAUAUUAUCUCUUAUUGGCAUUUGUACCAGUGCCAAUGCUUUAGGUGUCUCUUGAUGUUUUUACAAACACCGUAAAAGAUGAAAUUGAUUGAAUUAAUGUUGUAGUUUCUAAAUGGGACAAUAAUACAGUGGCAGUAUUUUUGAUGGGAUCUUAGUAGCAUGUAUAUACAGUAUGUUUGUGCAUUUAUUAAUUUAUUACAGUAGAAAAGAGUUUUACAGUGCUUUGUGAAGGGUUGUAUUGUACUGUACAUAGAAGUGUACCUGUGUAAACAGGUAUGUUUUAAUGCAUCCUUGUUGUGUACUCAGAUAUGACCAUGUGGAUAAAAUUACUUUUAUUGAACUUGAAACAAUGCGCUGUUUUUCCUUAUGAUAUAAAUGGGGCUUAGUGAAUGUGUCAAUACAAUAA